CCUCCCCGCCGCGGCCGCUGCUGAUGUCAGCCUUGCUCGCGCUCGCUCUUCCCGCACCCACCUCCCGGGCCCAGGCACACUGCAUCGGCGCGGACGCUCCGGCCCCGGCGAGGUGGCUGCAAACUCGCGGGCACGCACGGCGCCCGGGGAGCCAAGGGACUCGGGGGAGGGGACGCGCGCGGAAGGCGCCAGCUUCCUCCCGCCCGCCCCUAGCAGCCGCGAGCUGAGGUUGGAGGCGCCCGGGGCCCCAGCCGGGCAGAGCCGAGCGGCGGCUUCCCUUUUCUCCCCGAGCCGAGCCCCGGAGCGGCGCGGGGACCGGCCCUAAAAAGAGCAGGAAAGCUUGUUUACCGCCCGCGGAGAGGAGCCGAUCGAGCCUUUGUCUGGAAAGUCAGCAUCUCCGGCUCCGGCUGCAAUGUGUUCCUGGUGACAUUAGCAUCGGGCAGACCCGCCGGAGGAGGGGGUUCGCCAGGUUCCCUUCUGCUUUCGGAGGCGGAUCGAGCGGGUGACUUUUGUGCAUUCGUUUUAAUUUUUGGAAAUCUCUCUUUUUUCCUCCCUCGCUCGCUGCCGGGCAUGUCCUGAUCUGGCGGCCGCUCCUACCACCCUGGGCUGCCGAGCAGAGCCGUCACCAGCGGGUCUCCCUCCCUACCUCCCUGACUUUGCAACACCGCGUUCUGGGAGGACCGGCCUCGGCGAGGGAGGAGGCGGAGGAGCUGCGAACACCCGGACCCAAACCCUGACAUGCUCUGGGGCGGAGAGGAGGAAGCCAGGAGCUGAGCUUGCCGCGGGGGCUGCUUCGCCCGCCGGCUACGAGCGCUGGGCUCCGGGCGCCCUGCCCUGCGCCUGGGCGGCAGCCUUGCUGGUCUGGAGGGCGCCCCCAGCUUCCCGCCCCGGGGAUCCGCGGCCGGCAGGACCAUGCUGCUGAAAGAGUACCGGAUCUGCAUGCCGCUCACCGUAGACGAGUACAAAAUUGGACAGCUGUACAUGAUCAGCAAACACAGCCAUGAACAGAGUGACCGGGGAGAAGGGGUGGAGGUCGUCCAGAAUGAGCCUUUUGAGGACCCUCACCAUGGCAACGGGCAGUUCACCGAGAAACGGGUGUAUCUCAACAGCAAACUGCCUAGUUGGGCUAGAGCUGUUGUCCCCAAAAUAUUUUAUGUGACAGAGAAGGCUUGGAACUAUUAUCCCUACACAAUUACAGAAUACACAUGUUCCUUUCUGCCGAAAUUCUCCAUUCAUAUAGAAACCAAGUAUGAGGACAACAAAGGAAGCAACGACAGUAUUUUCGACAAUGAAGCCAAAGACCUGGAGAGAGAAGUUUGCUUUAUUGAUAUUGCUUGCGAUGAAAUUCCAGAGCGCUACUACAAAGAAUCUGAGGAUCCUAAGCACUUCAAGUCAGAGAAGACAGGACGGGGACAGUUGAGAGAAGGCUGGAGAGAGAAUCAUCAGCCCAUCAUGUGCUCCUACAAGCUGGUGACUGUGAAGUUUGAGGUCUGGGGGCUUCAGACCAGAGUGGAACAGUUUGUACACAAGGUGGUCCGAGACAUUCUGCUGAUUGGACAUAGACAGGCUUUUGCAUGGGUUGAUGAGUGGUAUGACAUGACAAUGGAUGAAGUCCGAGAAUUCGAACGAGCCACUCAGGAAGCCACCAACAAGAAAAUCGGCAUUUUCCCACCUGCAAUUUCUAUCUCCAGCAUCCCCCUGCUGCCUUCUUCUGUCCGCAGUGCGCCUUCUAGUGCUCCGUCCACCCCUCUCUCCACAGAUGCACCCGAAUUUCUGUCUGUUCCCAAAGAUCGGCCCCGGAAAAAGUCUGCCCCAGAAACUCUCACACUUCCAGACCCUGAGAAAAAAGCCACCCUGAAUUUACCUGGCAUGCACCCUUCAGAUAAGCCAUGUCGGCCCAAAUCUGAGUAACUUUAUAUAAAUAUCUUAUGGGGUUUUAUAUUUUCAUUUGAUUUUUUUGUUUUUGUUUUUGUUUUUUUUAAGAAUCUUCUGAUAGAGAAAAAGACUGCUUUAUCACUCAAACAUGUUCCUUUGACCUUUCAGUGUGCAUGUGACUCAGUAACUUCACAUAGAAUAUGAUUCCCUAAGUAUGCCACACAGCAUCAUAUUAGAUGUAAGAUGUAAGACCUGCAAAAGACAGAAGGAAUCUUCUGUAACCACAUAGCUGUAAGCCCGAGAGGAAGCCUUGUUAUUGGGCAUUUGAUGAGGUUUGGCACGGACUUCAAGGAUAAAUGAAUCAAAACUUUGCACCACUUUUGUUACAAGGUAUGGUAGAAAAUAGUAAAGUCAGUUUCCUCUCAUCAAAUCUAAAAUUCUCCAAAAUACUCUCAGGCAUAACAUACUUAGUUGUUAAAUUUUGAACUGCUGAUUACUAAUACUUGAAUACCAAUAGUUACUGAGAUUCCUAUUUUGGUUAGUCUGACUCAGGAUUUGGAGCCUAAUUAACUCUUUAAACUUUUGAAAAUUUUAAUCAUCAAGCUAUAGUGGCUCCAAGUGCAAUUAAUAAUAACUCAUUUAUACCUUCCACAGAAUUUAAUAAAGAUUCUACUUGUUUCUGUCUUUUAAUAACUUUCCCCUUUGUGCCCUUGUGGCCUCAGAAAUCCUUAAGAAUUGCAUGGAUGAAUGUGACCAUAACUGAUUUUGGAAUGGUUCAGUUUAGGAACCAAGAGGCCCAGGUGAGGCAACAUCUUUUUUCUCUACAGGUACCAACAAACUUUGACUUGUCAGCUUCCAUCAUCAGUUAAGAUUCUCAGAAUUUGCAAUUAAUUGAAUAGAAUUCAUUUACUAUCUACCCACUCAAAGAAGUACAAGGGUAGAGUAAGCUAACUGGGCUUUAACACGGUCAGAAUGUCUGGUGCAUGAACCAUAAAAAAGAGAACUGUCUCCCAUCCCCUUUCUUGUUUUACUCUUAGUAACAUCCAGAAUUCCCUGGAACAGAUUGUCUACCACCAGACCUUAGAAAAGAUUGUCAUUCUCUUGCUCCUUACUUGAAAUACAAAUAUUGGGACUGUCACGUACAUCAAGUAACUACUGUCAAGUGGGAGGAGAGAAUGAGCGGAAUUGCUGACUCCUAUUUGUAGAGUGAAAAGGAGGAGUGAUAAUAGAUGCCCUUCUGUCUAGCUUUCCUUUCUUCAACUAGUGGUAAUGCAAGAUUAGAAUCAAGGUUGACAGGAGGCAAGAUCACUCAUCAAAGUGACAGAAAGACAAUUCUCCUUUGCUCUAAAGAGAGAAAUCUGUCACCUUUGCACCUCACUGCCUUUAAACACAGAUGGGAGGGCAGGCAGAAUCUCAGCAUUGACUUUUGUCCUCCAAGAGAGGAAGAGAAGAAGUAAUUGGGCAACUUCGAGGCCCACAGCCCAGCUAGCCUUCCUGAUCGUAACCUCCAACCUCAGGAAAGGGACCUUCCCAAAACACAGAUCCCAAAGGAAACAAAAUAGGCCAAGGAGCAUAAUCUGCUUCUCUCACACAGCCUCUCUGCCAGUGGACCCUGCCUGCUUCCCUCUCAGUGCUCAGCACUCUGUGUAGUGUCUUUCAGGUUGAUAACACUCUCCCAAGGUGCAGGCGCUGGCCCCAUGAGCCCAGCACCAAAGUUUUCUAGUCAUAGGUCAGACUGUCAAGAUCAUUUCUUUAUCUAUAGGUUGAUAUUUAGCUUAAAAAAAAUAAAAAUAAAAAUAAACCUAGAACUCAAAGGAAACCCAUUGCAAAUAGCUUAGAUCAACAGUGUAUCUCUUCCCUAAGAAUGAUAGUAUCUUAGUAAGACACCUUCUAUGCAUGGUAUGGAAGCAUGAUUUUUGCUUGUGGGAAAACUUAAUCUUUUAUCAGACCCCUCAGACUUCUCAAUCCCUCCCUCUCCACACAGUAGUAUUUAAUGAAAAUGUUUUGCUUUAGAAAGCAAAACGCUACUUUCAGAAGACACUGAAAUAGUAUACGUAUUUGCUUACCAUUUGCAAGCUGAAAUCAAGGCGGGGUGGGGUCAUUAUUUUCACAUAGAAUGUAUUUAUUUUGUGCAGGUUGUUAACACAUCUGGCACCUAGUUUUUCCAUUAAUAGCAUUGCUAUUUUCCCUUUUUAUAAAGUAGCUUCUGCUGUCAAGGUUAACAAUUCUGGCCGGGCGCGGUGGCUCAAGCCUGUAAUCCCAGCACUUUGGGAGGCCGAGACGGGUGGAUCACGACGUCAGGAGAUCGAGACCAUCCUGGCUAACACGGUGAAACCCCGUCUCUACUAAAAAUACAAAAAAAAACUAGCCGGGCGAGGUGGCGGGCGCCUGUAGUCCCAGCUACUCGGGAGGCUGAGCCAGGAGAAUGGCGUGAACCCAGGAGGCGGAGCUUGCAGUGAGCUGAGAUCCGGCCACUGCACUCCAGCCUGGGCGACAGAGCGAGACUCCGUCUCAAAAAAAAAAAAAAAAAGGUUAACAAUUCUAUAUGCUUUAGGAAGCUAAGUUCUAAUUUCCUUUUGUGAGUUUCAUUUCUUUUAUAACCAGUAUGUUACCACAGACAUCAGUUGCAAAGCUACCAUGGUAGUGUGAUUCUUAGCCAAAAAAAAAAUGUGUGUGCUCUUAAAGUAUGUUCAGUUUUUCUGUCUACAUGUGCUUUGUGUGCGUUAAAAAGGGGGUGGGGGGCCUAGCUAUUCCUUUAGCUGCUUUGCAUAUUUAACCCAGUCAUCAAAAGGCAUAAAUGGCUUCAAUAUUUUAUAUCUCUUGGUUUUCAAGUAUCAUUUCACAUUCUGUAUACAUGACUUUGUUAUUGUGGAAUACAAGCCUGCAAUGGAUGUAUAUAUACAGAACAUUAAUAAUUCUUAUAAGGAUGGAAGUCAAAUGGCUGCAUGAUGGAAAUUAGAAGAAAAAAAAAAGCAGAAACUUGAAUUUGCUAAGCAUGUUUGGGGGGAAAUAGAAUCCUUAACUCAGUGCCUCUGUCUGCGAUAUGGAAACCUUCAACUUUGUUCACCAAAACUGUAUUAUACCUGUGUAUAUAUAUAUAUAUAAAUAUAAAUAUAGUAUAGUGAAUCAGACACCAUCGGUUUUAAGUCUCUGGUAGCCAAAUUUAAAUAAUCCAUAGACUAUCACAUAUGUUCACUCCAUCUUCAUCUCUGAAGUUAGUGGAGACCAUCAAAAUGACUGUACAUUUCAUGACUCUGGGAAAAUUUCAAAUGUGAAGUGCCCCUGUGCAUUUUGUUGGCCGUAGCACAGCAUUCUUGCUUUAGCUGUGCUUUCCUGGGAUGAGAAGAUCUUGGUGUUUUUAACACAUAAGCUUUGUUAGAAAUCACCUCUGAAGAUCAUUUCAUUUUCUCACUUUGGGUUGCUGCAAGACAAAGCAAAGGAAAAGGAUAACAACGAAGGAGGCCGUGACACUUUUAGUUGCCACCGUUGUAAUUCAAACAAUAUGGGUUUGUUGGUGAACUGAUUUAUCAAGCCUUCUGUUACGGUUUUGCAUCUGUGUGUGGGGAAAAUUUUAAUUUAUUUGGAAGUAUUUAUUAGCCAUGUUGUUGGUCCUGAAAAUAAAUCUCUAAGUAGCACAGUUGUGGGUAUAUUAUGCAGGCACUUACCACCGUAUCUGCAAAAGUAACUGUGGUUUUCUUUCAAGACACUGUGAUAAACAGUGAACUAAGAGAAUAGAUUCUGACACGUCUCGAUAAAUCAUUCUCUGCAAAAGUUUCAGGGCUAAUGUAUUUAUGUGUAUUUUAAAAUUCUACUUUCUUUGGCAUCUCUUCAUGGCUCAGAGACAACAAGGUAAUAGGUCAUUGGCUGGCUUAGGUCAACAGGAAUUUUACUCUUAAGAAGGGUCAGUGUAUAGCUGACUCUGCAUACAAUGUGUAAUCAGAUAAUCCAUUAGAGAGGAAUUGUCCAAAUAGUUUUAGUACCUUUCUGAUCAUCUGACGCAGUAGGCUAGGAGACAAUCUGUCAUCUGAGCCAUAGUUCUUGAGAUUCAAAAAGUCUGUCCAGUGACUGCAAUCUGAUUAUAAAUAAACUAUUUUAAACUGUUCAUUCUUGCUGAAACUGAAGUGUACACAAUAGCACAGCGUUGGCAUGCUGAGGCAAAACAUUGGGUUCUUUUGCGUUCUACCUUCAAAACGAUCUGUUUGCAUUUGAAAUAUGAGUGUUUAAGCUUUUUAGGAGUUAGUGUAAUAAGAGAAUGUGAAUCUGUUGGGAAAUUUUCAGAUGCCAUUAAUAAUUGUCAUUUUGUUGUUAAAUUAACAAGUACUUUAGGAUAAGCCUCUCGAUGUUUUUGCUUUAAAUUGAAAGCAUGUCUGUCAAAUUGCAAGUUUCCCUUCGGUUUCUGUAUAUCACCCAGAAGAGGGUCUUUGAGUUGGUGUUGUACCUGUACCACUCACAUGUAGCGUCAAGUGUAAUUUUUAGUGUUUACAUUCAAGCUGGGAUCUUGACUGGUUAAAUGAAUCCACAUACCACUGCCACUGCUGGAGGACCAGGUGUUGGAAUACACAGCGUUACAGGCUAUAAGCAAAGCAAACAAAAGUUGAUCCUGACAUAUGCCAUCCUUCUGUGUCAUUUUGUGGCCGCUCUGUGUUUUUCUCCCUAGUUAUUAUUGUUAAUAACUCACUUUUUCUUACAUUCUGUUGUAAAUAAAAUACAACGCAAUCUUCUUUCCAA